GUAUAUAUUCGUCUGUGGCAUCAUGACACAGUGAUAUUGUGAAGAGUCGUGUAGUUGUCGGGUUAAUAAUAAAGUCGUCAAAUCACAUUUUUUAAAUAUAUCUUUUUUUGUUUAUAGUUGUUGCUUAGCAGGACAAGGUUUAUGCGUACAGACGACGUGUAAAUAUUUAUUUCACGGGGUUCCGUCAAAACACGAAGCCGGUGACUUUGUCCGUAUGUCGAUGUAUUCAGUAUGAAGCGUCCAGCGGUCGGAUUGUCCUCCAUCUGCGCCUUUUUUAUAGUUUAUACAUGGGUUUUAGUGUCGUUGGUUUCGGGAUUCCCUCUUAAAGAAGGGCCAGAUUCCCCCCAGCUGAGGUUUGUGGAUCAGAUCGAUCGCUUUAAGGUCGGAUUCAACUGGCACAAUGUGUCGUGUGCGGUGUGUAAAGCGAUCUUUAUCACUGUUGACAUAGCGCUACUGAGUAACACAAACACCGAGCGGGUGGCACAUGCCGUGGAAGAAGCUUGUGCCCGCCUGCAUCUGGCCGACCCGCACGUGUGCCGAGACAUCACCCAGCUCUUCCGAGAAGAUUUCAUCCGUGCUCUUCAGGAGUCUUUCCUCUGGCCCUCGGAGGCCUGCGCCCUACUGGUGGGACCCGCGUGUGGUCAUUUUGAUAUCUAUGCCCCUUGGAACGUCUCACUGUCACGGGUACCCAAACCCCCAGUGACCCCACCGACCCCUCCUAAACCGGGCUCUCCGCAAAGCAGGAUCCUCUUCCUCACUGAUAUCCACUGGGACGCUGUGUACGCCGAGGGCAGCGUUGCCAAUUGCAAUGAGCCCCUCUGCUGUCGAAAUGAAUCUGGAAGGGCCAGCUGGAAACACAACGGUGCUGGACACUGGGGUACCUACGGCAAAUGUGACGUCCCUUUGCGUACGGUUGAAAACCUUCUACAAAACGUAGCCAAAUCUGGCCCCUGGGAUUGGGUGUACUGGACGGGAGAUAUUCCAGCACACAAUGUCUGGUCUCAGACCAGAGCUCAACAGCUCAAUGAGCUCAUCACCAUCUCCAGACUCUUACGCAAAUACCUGGGGCCCAAUGUAAACGUGUAUCCUGCGGUGGGAAAUCAUGAGAGCACUCCGGUAAAUAGCUUUCCGCCUCCGUUUGUACAUGGGAACCGGUCUUCACACUGGCUAUAUGACACUAUGGCGGAGGAGUGGGCACCCUGGUUACCUGCGGGUGCCCUGAAGACUAUAAGGCAUGGAGGGUUCUACACAGCGGAAGUUCAGCCUGGUUUGAGAGUGGUGUCUUUGAAUAUGAACUUCUGUGCAAGAGAGAACUUCUGGCUGAUGGUGAACUCCACAGAUCCUGCCGACCAACUGCAGUGGCUCGUUCACAUACUGCAAGAGUCUGAGAACAAGGGUGAGAAGGUUCACAUUAUUGGACACAUUCCACCGGGACUCUGUCUUAGCAGCUGGAGCAGGAAUUACUAUCAUAUAGUCAACAGGUAUGAAAGCACCAUAAGUGGUCAGUUUUUCGGACACACGCACACUGAUGAGUUUCAGAUGUUCUAUGAUGAGGACACGCUGACACGUCCAUUGGGUGUGGCUUUUAUUGCACCAAGUGUCACCACCUAUGUCAACCUGAACCCAGGGUAUCGUGUUUAUUACACGGAUGGAAACUAUCCAAACAGCAGUCGGAUGGUGUUGGAUCAUGAGACCUUCAUUCUUAACCUGACACUUGCCAACAACCUCUCAAACGGACCAGCAUUACCCUCCAAACCUGACCCCAACCCGUCAUGGACUCUAUUGUACCGUGCUUCAGAGGCUUACGGUUUGUCCACCCUCUUCCCGUCAGACUUUGAAAACCUGAUCAAAGUGUUUCUGAACGAUGACCGGGUCUUCAAGCGCUUUUGGUAUCUUUAUCAUAAAGGCCAUGUGUCGGAACCCUGCAAGGACACUUGUAAGACUGCACACAUCUGCUUUCUACGUAGUGGACGAUAUGACCUUCUGACGCAGUGUGAUGUGCUACGUGGUGCUAAUGAAGAGAUUGUUCGCUCUGUUAGGAAGACUAUGUGUUGAGCUGAUGCAAGACUAGCGUGUAUGAAUCUGCUGGCAUCAAAACAGCACCAGAGUACAAGAUCAUUUUUUCCGAGCCGACAUCACAGAGACUUUUAGCACUUUUUUUGUUUGUUUGGUUUUCUGAAAGUUGUAGCAUUUGGCAUCACACUUGUUUGUCGUCAAAAUGUUUGUCGUUCCUGCACAAUGCUGUGAAGUAUUUGGUCAAGACAGUAAAAAUGUCAGAGAUGGUUCUCGUAAAUUGUACUUUUAAAGCCGCGACCCACCCAACGCAUUGAAACAACAAAUGUGUUGGUUGAAAAUGAAACGUACAUCACAACUGAAUCAUGUGGUGUGUUUGCACUUUAUGAAAAACCCCAACUGUUCAGACUUGGUUCUUUUUUUCUCAUAUCUGUGGUUUGAGUGCUUUCGUCAAUGUGGAGGGCAUUGUGGUUGAUUUGCUUUGUUUUUGUUUUCUGUAUUGGCCUAUGUACACUGGAGACUGUUUAAAACUGAUUGUGUUAGAUUAUGGUUUGUUGAUUUAACCUAACCAUUUUACUGGUAAAGUUGGCACAGAUAAAAUUCAGAACAAGAACUUUGUCAUGUGAUCUUUUGUGAAAUUUACUAUUAUGCUUGCAGAAAAUGAUUUUGUAGCUAUGCCAAUAUGUGGAGACCUGUUAUGAAAGAAAAAUAAUGGAUUAUCAGAUGCAGGGUUUUAUUUACUGACUAAAUAAAUAUUUUGCAGUCAUUUGUGCUUCUGUU